AAGGGAGUACACGGGAUUUCCUCAGGCUUCAUCCUGGAAAGAUUGUGGCGACGGUUUAGCAGAAAUGACUGACAUACUGCGGCUGGUGUCAGAAGCGGACAAGCGGACUUUACCGACUCUCUCCCAGCUCUCUGACAGCGAUGUUGACUGUAUUUGGGCUGACGUAUCCGCCUACAUUGAACGUCAGAUGACCUUACAGAAGGGGGUUCACCUGGCAGGACUGGGGACUUUCACCUUCUCGCAGCAGAAGUUGGACAUAGGGAACAAGUUCACAAUGAUCCAAAGACCCAUCUUCCUCCUGGCUGGGAAACUGGUCCAGUCUCUGGGUUUAAAGCAGGCCAGGCCACUGGCUGCAGCGACACAGCUACCAGUGGUGCAGCUAAACUUCACAGCUGUGUCACAAGUGACUCCUUUCAGCCGAGAUGUAGUGGAGGGCUGCAUUAGAGAAACUCUCCUGCUGCUCUACAGAGCUUUGGCCUCUGAACAAAACGUGUUUGUCACCUUCCAGGGAAUUGGAGUUCUGUCCUUUAAGAACAACAAGGUCCGGAUGAAAUUCAGUAGAGAUUUUAUUAAUACCAUGGAUGGAAGUGGUAGGCUGCUGUUAGCCUUCAACAAUAGACCUGGCAGCAGCAUCUCUUUACUGUCUGGUGGACUGUCCAGACUUCAGAGGCCACAGACUGCCAACCCCGUCACCCUGCCAACUGUCUGCUCCCCUCAGCCAGGCGACAAAGCCUGUGACAGAGAUGGAUGGUGCUUGUCACCAGCUCCAGACCAGAGGAAUGCAGGAGAAGAUCCCCAACAGAGAGAAUCUAAAUCCCAUCAGACACUGCAGCCUGUCAAGAUGAAAGCUGUCAGCCCGUCUGAGGAACUGAAUCCGAACCCCCCUGUGGAGGCCACAGAAAAGCCCGACACCUCCAUCUCACCGCCAGAGGCUCCUCCCAAAUUUGAAGAACCUCAUGUGGAUGUCAGCUGCUCUGGCCACACCCGUGCUGGACAGGAGCUGUGCUACUUGUGUAUGCAGCGGGCCCAAAGAAAUGUUCCAGUGUAUCUGAGGGAGCAGCAACAGGCAGAGGAAAAAGCUCAGGAGAAACUCUUACUGCUGAAAGAACAACAGAGAGACAAGCAGUGCAUGGAGGAAGAACAGGUAAAGCUGAACGAGCAACGUGAGCACGCAAAGCAGGUUGCUACAUUCAACCUGCAAAUGUCGGAGAAGAAAGAAAAGACUAAUUGUCCUCUGUACCCUACUUCAUUCAUCUUCCCGGCUCGCCCUCUGACCCCUGCCAAGAGGGUUCAGCAGCAUCGUUACAUGAACGAUCUUCAGAGCCAGAUAGAGAGCCGGCGACAGCACGAGGCUCGAGACCAGCAGAACCGUCUUCUAAUGGAACGUCUCAACCAGGUCCAGCUGGUCCAGGAGAUAGCUUUACAGAAGGCUCAGCAGCUACAGCGGAAACAUGAGAAAACUAAGCAUUACAAGAGGGCUCUGGACACUCAGGUGGGGGAAAAGACGUACACAGACCGUCCAGAGCGCCAGGCUGACAACUCUGGGUUCAGCCGCUAUGAGACAGCAGCCAGAAACACAGAGAGCCGAGAGAGGGCGCAGAAGCUCUUCCAAGUAAAUUUCAGUGCUGCCACUCAGAGGAAAAAGGAAGAACUGCAUAACCAUUGGGCACAGCUGGAGAAAGAGAGGGAAAUGCUCCAGCACAACAAAACGCAGCUGAUACUGGACCGCAUUAAUCACUUUGAGAAGAGGCGGGACAUCAGUAAGUCAUUAGAGAAUGAGUGGAGCUACAGUGUGAAGCUCAAACACCAACGAGAGGAAGAGGAGCGGCGCUUCCUAAGGUCUGCUGGUCAGCUCCUGGUAGACAAGCUGUCACAGUACAGGCGCUGUUGCCAGUGUAAGAGGAGGACCACUAACUUUGGAGAGACCAACAUCUGGAAGGACUCUCAUUACCUCUCUGGCUCACAGUUCAUGAUCUGAUGAACAAUGUAGCUUACUGCAGCACUGCAGAGCAUCAGUACCUCUCAACAGGACCUCAACCCUCAGUGCUCAUUGUGUGAUAGUCACUAAUGAUUAAAAUGACACGUUAAGCACAUGUGAGGCAUGCUUUGAUGUUGUGGUGUGCAGUAUUCACAAUAUGCACUAUUCUCUGCUGUAAUGUGAGAUUUAUUCCUGUUUCUUUCCUAAAUUAGUCUCUGGAGUUCAUCUUUACUGUACUUAAUAUGUUUGUUUUUGGUGUUUUGUAUGAAAUAACUAAAUGAACAAAUUUC